AUGGAUGUGCGUGAUAUUGAGAAAGGUGAGUAUGUUCAGCAACAGAGAAACAAACAGUAUAAAGAACAACAAACUGCUGAAAAGGAGCGUAAAGAGGUUACACGUCAAGCUGAGAGACUGGAUGAACAGCAAACACUUAAAGAUCGUAUAGCUAAUGCUUCACUGAAAGCAGAAGCACUGAAAGCCGAAAAUACAGCGAAGCGAGAUGUGGAAACCGAUAAAACUUUAUCUAUGGUAGACGCCACUCCAGAUACGGAAAUUGUGCCUGAUGAAACUGGAAUUUUUAAUACAGCAGGUAAUAUGAAUGCUGAGGAAGUUGAUACGAAGGAGGUGGUGCAACUACAUCAGCCUUUUACUGAUGACCUUGUAUCUACAGUAUCUGCUAUUGAUGGUGAUGUCAAUAUGGAAUAUGGUGAUCCUGAUGACAGUGUUUACAGUCAUAACAGUUUACGUAGAUCAUCUAGUUCCCCUACUCUGGAACAUUUACACCGACCUAGUGUGCGUGAUACUGGUGAUGGUGUUAUAGUUGGUCAAAGACCUCAAACAUUUGUAUCGCAUAUGGAUAUGAUAUCAGGACCAGCGGCGACACGAGCACCAGGGAGCAAAGUUAGACUUGAUACGCCUACUCCUGUUAAGGGAAGGAUAUUAAGAUUACCAGCGAAGACAAGUUCGGAUAACUUGAAGACAGUAUUAAGCCGUCUGAUUCCGACAGCAAAAGAGUAUGAAUAUAUACGAGGUAAAAACCCACCCAAUGGUCGGGAGCCAAUAGGGCAGUACAUGGUCGACGGUCGCUUGCAUGACG